CACUUCUCGCACGACGCGCGCUAGCACGUAACCGCUUCUGCGUGCGAGCGUUCUACCAGACCACUCAUUCUACCAUCCAACCCUGACUGCGAACCAAUCCGCUUCAUCGACGCCAAAACCUAGCAUAGGUUCAACUAUCCCAAACAGCAACCAUGGGCGACGACAAAGGGAAGAAGACACCGAUGCAGACCGGCUACGUUUACACGGCCGGAAACCAAGACAACGUGGGGCGAGUCAGGCGCAGGUCGAGUGGCACGGAAAGGUACCGGAGGACCGACAGACGCGUUCAAGGCAAGGGAUACCCGACUGAGUUAGAACGAGCAGAGUACGUGCCGCGUCGGAAGUCAGUUGGCGAAUUCGACACUGAGGAUAAAGACGCCAAAACGAUAGAGCAGGAACUCAUGCAUAAGAUUGCCCAGGAAGAUCCAGACGCUGCCAAACAACUGCGAGCUCUGUACCCGGAACAGAACAUAGAGACAGAAGGAAAUGCCGGUGCACAGGAAGCUCCGCCACUCAACGGUUCUCCUCCCGGAAAGGCCAUGGAUAAGUGCGUGGACGCGGAAUGCGCCGCCGUGGUGCUUCUCUUGAACCUGGCAGCCAUUUGCAUCAUCGUCAUAGUGGUCUUAUUCGUGGGCUCGACCCUCGAUCGCGAUGAUCCCAGGCGCGGCGACCGGGAUAAAUUUAAAAACCGCACAGAAACAACUGUACAGGACGAAGACGACAACAUCCGGACCCAGAUCUUCUACAAUGUCUCCUACUCCGCCACGGCCUACACCCAUCCACAUCACACGGCCGUGUGCGUGUACCACGUCGGGAGCCAGGGCAUCAUGGCCUUUGGCAGUAUGUACGGGUUGCCCAUGUUCCCUUACCCUUUCUGCCACCUGGCCCUCUACUGCUGUAUCACCGCCAAUAAACGCAUGGAGCUGGUGUCCCGGGGAUUCGAGAUGGACGCGUUCAAAGAAUUCUCGCUGCUCGUCCGGCAAAACAAGGUCGCAAAGGUGGGCGUCGUCGUUGGCGCUCCCGGGGAAGAAGCGAUGCUUCAGCAGUUGCUCGGCAGCUGGAAGGCGCGUUCUGCGUUUAUCGAGAACGCCGUGCGGUGGAGCGAAACAAAUGAAUACGACGCCAUUUACUUGUACUGGAGGGACCCGUCCGGCGUCAACAAGAAGAACGCCAUAGAGAUGCUACGACAUAUUGUCAGUGGAUUCAACGACUCCGGACGGCAUAUCCUCCUGGGCGUCGUCCUGACCCUCAGGGCGGUCAAACAGGCUGAAACCAUGGACUUGGACAAACACCUGUUUGAGAAAAGCUCCGUUAUGAUACUUCCGCCGCCCGUCUACAAGACGAUAGAUUCAGCCCACCGACGCGUGUACUACAACGUAAAAACAAUCGACGACCUCUCCGCCCUCAAGGGUGCCAACGGUGACCAAGUCUGCGUGUUAUUUCCGGCGGGAGCCUCCACUUCAACCGGUGCCUCCGAACUAGGUCCGCCUGGGAACUUCACCAGGACACCGGGUCGAAUGGCCUAUUACGAGGCCUGUCACGCGACGUCCCGAUGCAAGACGGCAGAAACAGCUUUCUCCGUGCAGUCAACGUGCGGCAGAACGCUGUAUUCCUACGCAUCGGUGGACUCGUUGAAGAGGUUCACCUGCGCGCUGGAGAGUACCUUGGACGUGGGCUGUGUCGGCUUCUGGCAGACGGAGAUGGACGAUUUUACGGGGACGUGCGGAAUUGGAGAUUUUCCGCUCACGAAAGCUCUGUUUGAUGUCUCCACGUGCGACUUAACGUAGCUGGUCCACUCCCUACGAAUAGGCGCGAUUUUUGAAGCACCUUUGUAGUACAAAGUGCUGAAAACUACGUAUACACACGAAUAAAGU